AUGAAGUUCUCUUCGGCCUUCCUGUAUGUGCUGAGCUCACUUGGAGUGGCUCAAGCUAAGAAGUCUCCCUACUUUAUCCUUACUGGCGACUCAACCGUUGCCGUCAACGGAGGCUGGGGCGAUGGCUUCCUGGCCGACUUAAAGAGUCCCGCUUCUGGCGUCAACAGCGGCAAGAGUGGUGCCACGAUCCCUUCUUUCCGAGCUGAAGGCCGCUGGAAUACUGCCAUUGAGGCUGUCAAGAGCCACAAGGGAGACCAUGAGUCUAUUGUGACUAUCCAGUUUGGACACAAUGACCAGAAGACGUAUACUCUGGAGCAGUACUCGAACAACUUAGCUGGGUUGGUUAACGAGGUCAAGGCAGCUGGAGGAACACCCAUCGUCAUUACAUCCCUCACCCGCCGUACUUUCAGCGGCGGCCACGUUGUCGAAAACCUCAGCGAGUGGCGAGAUGCCGCCAUCGCAGUCGCCAAGGAUCUCAACGUCCAGUAUCUCGACCUGAACACUGCAAGCACCAACUACAUCAACGCCAUUGGCAAGGAGAAUGCCGAUUACUACAACCUCAGCGAGGGUGACAGGACCCAUCUCAACCCUGCUGGAGAGAUUGUCUUUGGGCGUCUGGUUGCUGACUUGCUCCUCGAGAAGAGGCCUGAUCUGAAGAAGUAUGUCAUUCCCAAUGAGGAGUUGAGCAGGAAGCUUCGGGAGGGAGAGUUUGCAACUGGAGAGGAAUAA